AUGGGCUGCGGCGCCAGCAGGAAGGUGGUCCCUGUGCCGGCCGCCCUGAACCCGGCCUCGCGCGAGGGUCAAAGCCGAGGCGGCCCUGGAGGGGCAGGACCCCGGCCCGAGGCGCCAGCCGAGGCGGCUCGCAGGAUGCAGGUGGCCCGCUUCCGAGCCAAGUUCGACCCGCGGGUCCUCGCCAGAUAUGACAUCAAGGCUCUUAUUGGGACAGGCAAUUUCAGCAAGGUUGUCAGGGUGGAGCAGAAGACCACCAAGAAACCUUUUGCCAUAAAAGUGAUGGAAACCAGAGUGAGAGAAGGCAGAGAAGCAUGUGAAUCUGAGCUCACUGUCCUGAAGCGUGUCAGCCAUUGUUACAUUGUCCGGCUCAUGGAGAUCUUUGAGGCUCAGGAUCGGGUUUACAUGGUGCUGGAGUUGGCUACGGGAGGGGAGCUCUUCGACAGACUCAUUACUCAGGGAUCCUUUACAGAGCAGGAUGCUGUCAGAAUCCUCCGGAUGGUUGCUGAUGGCAUUAGGUAUCUGCAUGCCUUGCGAAUCACUCACAGGGACCUAAAACCUGAAAAUCUCUUAUUUUAUCAUCCAGGUGCAGAGUCAAAAAUUUUAAUCACAGAUUUUGGUUUGGCACAUUCUGGGAACAAAAGUGGUGACUGGACAAUGAGGACACUCUGUGGAACCCCAGAGUACAUAGCCCCUGAGAUCUGGCUAAGGAAGCCUUACACCAGCGCAGUGGACAUGUGGGCCCUCGGCGUGAUCACGUAUGUUUUGCUUAGUGGAGUCCUGCCUUUUGAUGACGAAAACCAUACAAGACUUUACAGGAAGAUUCUGAAAGGCAAAUACAAUUAUACAGGAGAGCCUUGGCCAAAUAUUUCUCACUUGGCGAAGGACUUUAUAGACCAACUAUUGAUUUUGGAGGCUAGUCAUCGCAUGUCAGCUGGGCAGGCCUUGGAUCAUCCCUGGGUGGUCACCAGGGCUGCAGGGUCUUCCAUGAAGAAUCUUCAGAGGGUCAUAUCCCGGAACCUCAUGUGGAGAGCAUCUCCCCAUUCUCAGAGUCCCGGGUCUGCACACUCUGCUAAGUCACGGUCUUAUCACAAGUCCAGGCAUACGUGGAGCAAGAGAACUUAAGGAUACAAGAACCACCACUGUCUGCACUUUCGUGAAUAAAUAACCUUUAACUCCAUUUUAUCCAAUUUUAAGGCAGACCCAUUAACUUCACUAAUAGCAUUAGGUU